UGGCUCUGCGUGAGACGGGCAGGGGGUGGGCUGCUGGAUUAGGAGCUGGGUUUCUCGGGAGACGGUGGUAAAAAGGAGGGAGCAAGGUAGCGUUUGUCUUCACUCGCACACAAAACAAAUAUCAAAACAGUACGGAGUAGAGCUUCUAAAACUCAGGAUUCCCAUCGAAAGAGAAUUAUUUUUUUUUCCAGUUGGUCAUUUCUUUUUGGUAGUCUCACCACGGACGGUAAAAAGGUUUCAGUGGCGCUUGUCGAACCCCAUUCCCCCGGGUGGACUUGCUCUCUGAGUGACUGAGACUGAGCGUUUGUUGUUUCAUUGUCCACUCGCUCCCUUCUCUCUCAUACGGUUUUUGGUUUCGGCAAUUCUAGUGUUCGCUUCUCAUGGCGGUAUCGGCGGCGAAGCGGAGACCGCGGCAGGAGGACACCUCCAUUGCCCUCAACAUUAAAAACAAAAGGCGAAGACUCGUCCGCUUCUCCAAUCCGGCGGCUGCAGCGUUUGCGAUCGGCAUCCUCUGCACCAAAGUUCUCUGUGUCCAGGCAGCCAUCUACUUCACCAAGGAGCCGAAGUCCCAGGAUGCUCUCCAUGGGCGUAGCGCCAUCCUGCGCUGUGAGGUGGAGAACCCAGCUGAGAUGGGGUUCGAGUGGCUGCACGACGGUGUGCCCGUCCAGGACUCGGAGAGACGCUUCAAGGAGAGCAGUAACCUGAAAUUCGCCGCCGUAGACCGUCGCGAGGAUGCCGGCAACUUCCAGUGUGUGGCCACCAACACGGUCAGCGGGGAGCAGGCUCACUCAACCAACGCCUCCUUCAAUAUCAAAUGGUUGGAAACUGGAGGGGUCACCCUGAAGGAGCCGCCCACUGUGUCUGAAAUCAAGAGCUCUUCUCCGGUCACACUGCGCUGCAACAUAGAUGGGCACCCACGUCCGACAUGCCAGUGGUUUAAAGAUGGCUCAAAGUUGAUUGAUAGAAUCCAUCAAAUCAACAACAAGGAGCGAACAUUGACUCUGAAGAGUGCCAGUCCUGAUGACAAUGGGGUUUAUUACUGCUGUGCAAAGAAUGCAGUGGGCCAGAUUUGCAGCAACGACAACUUUACACUCAGCAUUAUAGAUGAAAGUUACCCGCGGCCGCUGAUCAUUCCUCAGGACCAGGUAGUGAACAGGAAUGAGGAGGUUAUGCUUCACUGCCAGUUUACAGCCCAGCCACCGCCUUUGCAAGAGUGGUUCUUCGAAGGUGAACUUGUCACAAACAAGACACGGGUUUUUUUGUUCAACAAUGGCUCCCUGCAGAUCACCCAAGUGAAGACCCGCAACACUGGGGUUUACAAGUGUGUGGCUAAGGGACCAAAAGGCAAUUCUGCAGAGCUGACCGCAACACUGAGAAUAGCAGAUAUUGAAGACAUGAUGCCGAUGAAAGCGGAAGUCUUCACUGCGGACACCAUGCAGCGUGUGUACUGCCGCCCACCCCAGGGACACCCAGAGCCGGCUGUGUGGUGGGAGAGGGAGGGCGUCAGGAUCCCCUCCAGCGGGCGAGUCUACUCUGAGGGCAAGGAACUUAUCUUCAGCCCCAUAGAAGGAGGGGACUCUGGGACAUACACCUGCCUCGCCGAGAACAAAGCUGGCCUGAAGAAGCAGGAGAUGACCAUCACUGUGGCGACCAAACCAGAGUGGGUAACGAAGCCCGUGGACAGUCAGCUGGAGGAGGGUAAGCCAGGAUUCCUUCACUGUCAGACCCAAGCCACUCCAGACCCACACGUGACCUGGUACCGCAACAGCAUCGACAUUUCUGACGACGGUCGAUUCGAGAUCUUUCCGAACGGGACCCUGUGCAUUCAUAAAGUGGAGGUGUAUGACGGGACCAUUUACCAGUGCUCCAGCAGCACCCGCGCAGGCAGGAUAGAUGGGCAGGCCCGGGUGCAUGUGCUGGAGCGGCUGAAGUUCACCCCUCCUCCACAGCCCCUGCAGUGCAUGGAGCUGGAUAAAGAGACCAGUGUGCAGUGCUCUGCCACAGGCCGGGAGAAACCCAUCAUCCAGUGGAUAAAAGCAGAUGAGGGCAAAAUCCCACCUUAUGUUGAGCAGCAGGGCGGAAUACUCCAUUUCACCAAAGUGACACGGAGUGAUGCUGGCAACUACACCUGCAUUGCAUCUAACAGCCAGCAGGGGGAGAUCCGGGCAAUGGUGCAUCUCAACGUGGCAGUGUAUAUACUGUUCAAGUUGGACCCUGAGAACACGACAGUGUACCAGGGGCACACGGCUAUUCUUCACUGCCAGGCUACUGGAGACCCAGCUCCCUCCAUACAAUGGAAGAUCAAGGACAGGAUCCUGGAUACUAGCAAAAACUCACCAAAGUUUCAGAAAAUGCCAAAUGGCUCCUUGAUUAUCAAUGAUGUGACCACUGAGGAUUCGGGGAGAUAUACCUGCAUAGCUGGAAACAGCUGUAAUAUCAAACACAAGGACGCCUUUCUCUAUGUCGUAGAAAAACCAGUGACUAAAACGCAGGAUGAGAUCGGGCAGACUCCUUACAAGAUGAUCCAGACGAUCGGCCUGUCUGUGGGAGCAGCGGUGGCCUACAUCAUCGUCGUCCUGGGCCUGAUGUUCUACUGCAAGAAGCGCAGGAAUGCCAAGAGGCAGCAGAAGAGCCCCGAGGGAGAGGAGCCUGAGAUGGAGUGUCUGAAUGGCGGGAGCGCUGUGCAGCAGAAUGGACAGACAACUGCUGAGAUCCAAGAGGAGGUGGCUCUGACUGACAUGGGCACCACAGUCACAGCCAACAAGCGACACAGCAGCAAUGACAAGAUGCACUUUCCACGCACCAAUCUGCAGACCAUCACCUCACUCGGAAAGGGAGAGUUCGGGGAGGUAUUUCUGGCCAAGGCGAAGGGUGUGGAAGACCCGGAGACGGAGACCGUGGUGCUGGUGAAGAGCCUGCAGACCCGUGACGAGCAGCUCCAGAUGGACUUCCGACGUGAGUUUGAGAUGUUUGGCAAGCUGAACCACGGCAAUGUGGUGCGACUCCUGGGGCUGUGCAGGGAGGCUGAGCCCCAUUACAUGAUACUGGAGUACGUCGACCUGGGCGAUUUAAAGCAGUUCCUGAAAAUUGCGAAAAGUAAAGACGAGAAGAUCAAACCACAGCCAAUUAGCACUAAACAGAAAGUUUCAAUCUGCGGACAGGUGGCAAUGGGGAUGGAGCACCUUUCGAACCAUCGCUUUGUGCACAAGGACCUGGCAGCUCGUAACUGUCUCAUCAGUGCCCAGAGGCAGGUCAAGGUGUCUGCUCUCAGCCUCAGCAAAGACGUCUACAACAGCGAGUACUACCAUUUCCGCCAGGCAUGGAUCCCACUGCGCUGGCUGCCAGCUGAAUCAAUAUUCGAAGACGAUUUCUCCACCAAAUCAGAUGUCUGGUCUUUCGGGGUUUUGAUGUGGGAGGUGUUCACUCACGGAGAGCAACCCUACAUCAAACUCACUGACGAUGAGGUGCUUGAAGGGUUACAAGGUGGUAAAAUGAAGCUCCCUGCACCCGAGGGUUGCCCUUCCAAGCUCUACAAGCUGAUGGUGCGCUGCUGGGCCCCCAGCCCUAAGGACCGCCCCUCCUUCAGUGAACUCGCCAACGCACUCGGAGAGAUCCCGGCAGACAGCAAAGCCUGAAUCCAGGAGUCCGCUGGGGCGGGAGGGAGGGGGGCUGAGAUUGGGCAUUGGAAUAUUUAAAAACAACAAAACUAAGACAAACCUAUGGAAUGAAAGCGUUGAAAAUGAAAUCCUUUUGUUGCAGGCUCCCCGGGUACUUCUUGAGUGUCAACGAAGUUUUACUCUACAAG